CCAAGCUCCAUACAUAUAUACCCACACAGAAGAUAGAUGGCGGCGGCAUGGGACUCCGCUACUCCGGUGACUGCUGAUCAGACGACGGUGAACAUCACCACCGACCACGUCGGCGAUGAAGCUGCAGACGCAUCAUCAGGGACGAUUAUUGAUAAAGUCCAAGAGGAGUUGAAGAGGGCAGCAGACAAGGUUGAGGCUGAAUUCUCCAAGAAUGAGGCCAAGAUGCACAGGUAUCCUCCAAGUUUCCGAGGCUUGAUGAGCAAAGACGACCGCUACUUCGUCCCGCGCUGCGUGGCCAUCGGCCCUUACCACCACCGGGCGGCGGCGUACCUCCAUCAGGCGGAGGAGAUGAAGCGCGCCGCCGCCUACUACUUCAUCUGUGAGCGUCAGUCCUCGGGUCACUCCGCUGAGGUGAUCUACGCGAGGAUCCUCUCCGUGGCCGGCGAUGCCCGGAGCUGCUAUGACGACGACGCCGUGCUGGCAGGUAUAAUUCCCCAAGCUGACUUUGCCACCAUGAUGUUCCAGGAUGCUUGUUUCUUGCUGCAGUACAUCAUGCACGCGAAUGGCGUUGCUAGUCAGCUUCCGGAAUCCUUGAGGCGUUGGUUCGUUGCCAAUGAGGACAGCAUCCAAAGGGACAUCUUCCUGCUGGAGAACCAGGUCCCAUGGCUAGUGCUUGACACUCUCAUGUCCUUCAUGCCCGCGCAGCAUGUGGAUCUAGGCAAGUUCGUCUCUGAUGUAGCCAGCCGCUUUAACGCGGAUAUGGUACAACCCGCGGCAUGUACCCACCCUGAUCGGACGGCCAGGACUGAGAAGUAGCGUGGAGAUUGGGAAAAGGAAGCAUGCUGAAGUGGAAAGAAUGGGUACCUGUUUAAGUUAACAAGUACAGCUUGGAUCUGACGUGGAAGAGAGAGAUGAAUUGGAUGUAUGGAGUUUGGUUGGCCCGGCAGGGAGGUAGUUGGCGUAGUGAAUGCGGGGCUCCUUCCGGUGUACGGAAGAGGAAUGCUAGGCAGUAGGCACCGUCCCAUUCCCGGCCGAAUGUCCAAGCUCCGCGUGCUCGCCGCCGUCCAUUGCUCCCGCGUCCGUCUCGCCCACGGCGACGUCGUCGUGUUCGUGUUCGUGUUCGUGCUCGUGCCUGCUGGCGUCAUGUCCCUGUGCUCUACUACGCGCUCAUGUCCGAUCCCCACGGCCAUCGCGUGCACCAACGGCAAGCUAUCAGUGUCGCUCUGAAUAUGGUAGCCAAAAAUAUUAUUUUCUUUUAGAAAAAUCAGCCAACAAUACUUUAUGUUAUAACUUAUGAGUCAAAUAAGUAAGACGAUUUGUCCGAGCGGCAAGCUAUCAUCGAAAUCACAUGCUCAUAUGGUCCUAGAGCCAUUGUGUUUUUUAACAUGGUUCAAAGAACGAGCUUUCUUUUAGGCCUUGUUUAGGAGAAAAUUUUUGGU